AUGCUUCAAAGUAAUGCCAAGAAGUGUGCCAGUGGUAAAGAUACUGACUCAGUGAAGACAGAGGAGAGUAAAAGCGAGACUAACGCAUCAGUGACAAAAGUGGAUAAAGCGCAAGAUGAAGAGAGAAAACUUUUCGUUGGGAUGCUGAGCAAACAACAGAAUGAGGAGGAUGUGAGGCGCAUUUUCGAACCCUUUGGAACGAUUGAGGAGUGCACGAUUUUGAGAGAUCAAGCAGGCAACAGUAAAGGCGAGUUAAAUUUCUCCCCAUUUCUGAUUGGUCGACCCGUGGCUUUUAUUCCUUUCCAGUAUUGA